AUGGCGAAUCCUACUGAAGCUACAGAGAUCGAUCUCUCUGCUCUGUUCGAACGGUAUCCGGACAUUAACUUUGACACGACGGAGGACAUCGUCUCCAGCUCGGAGCUCUGUGAGUAUUUCUCGUCACCGUGCUCAAACGCUACAGACCGUGAUGACACCCCCAUCUCGAACGCCUCGACGUCAACCGCCCACACCACUCCACUUCGACCUAACCUUCGUUCCGCUGAAGCAGUGGAGUUUCCAACACUGGACGGCUUCCUGGAACGACUUGCCGGUGCUGAUCUCCCGGUGACGUCGAAGGAGGCGUUUGAGGGUUUUGCGCAGGGGGGUGACAUCUCCUACAACAAACAGCAGAUACUCGCCCAUAGCCGGACUAUGUCCGAUCAGCUACAGCAGUCUGUCCUCAAUGUCAUCGAACAGAUCAACGUCGACUUUGUCAAGACGCGGGCUCCGUUCACCGCUAACCCAUCGAAGCAAGAUCUCUAG